CAACUUUGAGGUCGACACCUUGCAGUGAGUAUCCGUAUUGUGCAUACAUUCCUCGUACGCUAAUUGUGCCGUGACUUCCAUUACAUACCUUUUGUACAAACCUUACAUACAAAAGUUGAUGUCUUGGAAGUUACUCCGGAAGCAGUCUGUACUGUGUGCUAGGCUACCUCCCCGAACCCCAACUCCUCAGCGACACAGCAACAGUCGAAUCGCCCCUCGAUUUCCCUCACCACUCAACGCUCAACAACAAUCAAAACUUGGUUGCUUCCCUAAGCUGCCUCACCAGACGUAUAGUUGGCAUAUCGCAUUCAAACCCUCUUUCACUUUCCGGCUAGACUCGCUCUUCCGCCCGAGCAUCUUCGCCCCAGGCACUGCGGGUCUGUCGCUUCAUGUCCCACGACGGCCCGCCAAGCCCUCCGUUUGGUCUCGAAUCAUUGCGAGCCGUAGAAGGGGCCAUCAGGACCAUCGACCGCUUGCUCCAUGACAGGCCCGCCGACACGGCUUACGAGAGGCUGUACAGAGUUGUAGAGGACUUGCAGCGAGAUUUUGAACGCAUCCAGCGUCUUGGUAUCCGCGCCGACCCGGAGAACAGCAUGGCCUCCGGCUCGGACCGGGACCUGAGACGACGGUUUAAUCGAGACCCGCAUCCGCCAACCGACACCGCCAACUCAAUCAUUCCGCCCAUCCCAUCUUCCCUCCCGCCUCUACGGGCACUCAGCGCGAGAGCACGGUCGGCCCUUGUUUCAUCAUCUGCCGCCUCGGGCCUACGAUCGAGCCGCUAUCGUUCGGCCGACCGUCCAAUGGAGAGGCAGCGCUCCAGCCUCCGCACUCCCGCGAGUUACGUUGAGCCGGAUCGGGCUCUAGAGGAUUCCAACUCCCAGCUCCGAGCCUUGCUGGACUCCAAUAGUGCUCUGAACCCACCGAGGCGCAUGACCACCGCACCGGUGCAGUCCGGCGAUAUAGCUGAGGAGAACCGCCGUAUAAAGCGUCGAAAGCUAGAUUCGGAUAGAAACCUGUCGACCUUCCAAGGCUUCAGUUACGGCAUUUACGGCCAGGUUGAGCCCGGACAGCUGACCAUGGAGAUUGUAAGCUGCGAUGGCGGGCUUUUCUUGGAUGAGAAAUCGCACCCUCCCGAGAAUAUCCUCAAAAAUGAUUCUUCGGUAUAUUGCACCAAGGGGAACCGCUGUAACAUCAUCCUGAAACAUCAGGGAGGGACAGUGUUCAGUCUCAAUGAGCUGAUCAUCAAGGCCCCUGGAUCCGACUACUCUUGCCCAGUCCGUGAAGGAAUGGUGUUUGUGGCGAUGGAGUCGGACGCGCUGCUGACGCGCACAGCGCAGUAUCAGAUUCAGCACCUCCCUUUGCGUAGCCAGAGGCGCGGUGCUACUGUUAUUUUUCGCCAAGAGGAAGACGGGAGUUCCGUCACCCGCCUCCAGCCCCGGAUGUCACAACGAGAAUAUCUAUAUGGGCGUGAUGAUGAAGACGACGAUGAUGAUGACGAUGAUGAUGACGACAACUACAGGACAGCCCAGAUCCCGCCCGAGUUUACCGUCUCGCCGCCGCCUUUCAACAUCACUACGGAGUGCAGCGACGACGAGAGUGACACGGACUGCGAGCUACAUCGCCGGACUAUGCGGAGACGGACCCCGAAUAGGAUCGGGGCGCUGCCGUUUGAGAGCGGGAGCAGCGACGAAGAUCCUGACGAUGGUCUGGGCGCCGAGGAAAGCAUGUGGGGAUCACGAAUACGAGAGAAUCGCCGAGCAGAAAGCGGUCUGCUCGCCUGGAUGAUGUCCCGCCAGCGCGGCGGCAGUGGUGACCGAAGCGGUGGCAGCGGUAGUAGAGGCGUCGGGGCGGCUAGCGACAUGACGCUUGAGGAAGCACAGGAGGCGUCGCAGAUUGCGACCCAAGAGGCGGUGCGGGCCGUCGGCGGCGAGCUCAUGGCGCCGCUGGCGCAUUUCUUCAUCGAGAAGGACAAGACCAAGUGCACAAUCAGAUUUGACCCGCCUGUGACCGGACGCUACAUCCUCCUCAAAAUGUGGAGCCCAUAUCACAACCCCCGGGGCGGGCCCAAGAAUAUUGACAUUCAGGCGGUGGUGGCCAAGGGGUUCGCAGGGCCGAGGUACUUUCCUGCUGUUGAGCUGGCCUGAGAAAGCCGUGCGUCUAUAUUGAACGGAUCACUGCGGAGUUUUAGGGCAAUCAUGGCUGGUUUAGAGGUGUUUGGGUUUGGUCUCGUCUGGGAAGGGGCAUCUGAUGGGAUACGAUCAUUCAACGUCCACACUGGCAUGAUUCAGAGUGCAUAUACAGGAGGCUGGGCUGGGGCGUACUGGCAGUUGGUUUGGGGUUCAUACACGGAGUUCACGAAAACCAAUUUGAGUGGUACUUACUGGUCAGGUCUGGGUGUUUCGCAUGGUACGGUCGGUAUAUUGUACAUACCGUACAUACAGCACCGAGGGUUUGAUUUCUGUGAUGCUCUGCGGCGUUAGAUUUCGACCUAGGGUAGAUAAACGGGCUCUCGGGAAUUGGUGGUCACAUGCGCCGUCCUAAGCCCCGACGAGAGAUGAAGCUGGUUUUGCACUCUGCAAUUCUUUUGUUGUGGCUGUCGAGAUUGAAAUUUCCUCCU